AUGGCGUCCAAGGCAAUGUGGGAGGUCGAUCCGGAGACGCGAUCCAAGCUGGCCGCGAUUCAAAAAGAAUCCAAGAAUAACGUCUGCUGUGACUGCAACGCCCCGUCUCCGCAAUGGGCGUCGCCGAAGUUUGGCGUCUUCAUCUGCCUGUCGUGCGCGGGUGUGCACCGCGGUCUGGGCGUGCACAUUUCUUUUGUGAGGAGUAUCUCGAUGGAUGCCUUCAAGGCUAGCGAGAUUGAGCGAAUGCGGCUGGGAGGAAACGAGAACUGGCGGGACUUUUUCGACACGCACGACGACACACAAAUGCGCGGCCUCUCGUGGGACGAUGCCACCAUUGCGGAGCGGUAUAGCGGCGAGGUCGGCGAGGAGUACAAGGAGCGCUUGUCGUGCAAGGUCGAGGGCAGAGAGUAUGUGCCAGGCGAGAAGAAACCGCCGCAGCCGCAGCCGGCCGCUGUCAAGGCGUCGGCGGCCACCCCGUCAUCGUCUUCCCGGACGGGCACGCCGCUGAGCGGCACCGCCAACCGGAACAGCCGCAGUCAGAGCCCGGCGCAGUCGGGGGGUAAGGUCAAGGUGGACGACAAGUACUUUGCCAAGCUCGGCGCGGACAAUGCCUUGCGACCCGACGACCUGGCCCCAAGCCAGGGCGGCAAGUAUGCGGGCUUUGGCAACAUGCCAGCGUCGAGCAAGAGCAAUGGCAACAGUGCGCUUCCCAACUUUGACGAGGUGCAGCAGGAUCCAUUUGCUGCCAUUUCCAAAGGCUUCGGCUGGUUCACGUCCACCGUGUCCAAGACAGCCAAGACGGUUAACGACGGGUACAUUCAGCCUACAGCUACCAAGUUUGCCGAAGGAGACUUUGCCAAACAAGCGCAGCUUACAGCGGCGCAACUAGCCCGGCAGGCGCAGCUGGCCGGUAAGAAUGCUCAAGAGGGAUUCAACCGUUUCGUCGAGGGCAAUGACACAGGGCACGCUGCUAGACGCCAAGCCCCGCUGGACGAGAGCAAAAAAGACUUUUGGGACUCGUUCUCAAGCCUCGCGGAUCAAAAGCCAGCGCAGAGCAACAGCUCCAUUGGCACGAGCGCCAUGGGGAUGGGUAAAAAGGGAAAUACACCGCCUGCGGCGCAGAAAAAGAAUGACGAGUGGGAUGACUGGUAA